AUGUCAACCCGGUCACCCUCGCCAGUUUCAAGUCACGCGACACCAAUGGAGCCCAAACAAUCCAAAUCAAAGUCGGUAGCUCAGCGCAGAGUGUACGGAAAAAGCAGAGCCAAUGCCCCCAGGGCAGUAUUUGACGGAAGCCCGGCUAGAGAUAUCAGAUUCAAACUCCAACAUGUCGACCCCGUGGAAAGUCUUCAAGCGAAACUAGCCCAAGUGACGAUCAAUGAUGACUCGAUCCCUCAACCAGACAACCAUGCAGAGCCUCCAAAGAUGGAGAGUGAGCAGAAGCAAGAGUUGGGAAAUAUCCCUUGUGAUGAAUCAAGUCCGUCUACAAUAGAGGACAUUUCGGACACCCCGACAACGCAAUCAUCGAUCGAAUCCUCUCUAGAGGCGGAGCCAAAACUAAAGAAAUGCGAAACGAUGGUGGAGGUCAGAAUAUGCUCGAAGGCUCUAGAAAAUUUUUCUCAAAUCAAAUCGGCUUCUCCGGCUACGACAUCAGAGUCCAUAAGCCAGGAUCGAGAAAAGCGAAGUGCAUCUUGUGACAGAAGGAGAGCAGAAAGGAAGAAGAUUCCUGCAUCCAGACGGUCAUCUGGAGUUGUUCAUGACAGUGAAGCCAGCACUUAUGUUGGCGCAAUUCUAACUGAAGCACUAUCUCCAAUUGCCGCGCAGGGCAUUCAGAAGUUCGGCUCAUGGGCUUCACGAUCAGCAAACAUGUUCGACGUCGCAAAACUCGCAGAGGGGUCCUACGGUGAAGUCUACAAACUUCACCUGCGGGAAGAAGCCUGUAGGCCAGUGGUGUCAAAAUCAAAGUUGGCUAAACUCAAAUCAUAUGGCGAUGGAGUGUUCAAGGUCGUGCCUCUGCGAGCAAAGAGUGGUCCCGGAUCCAAAAAAUUCACCACCAUUGAUGAAAUUGUCUCUGAGGUCAAAAUGCUCAAGUAUCUAGACCCGAUUCCUGGCUUUGCUCGUUUCAGAGAGAUCCAUGUUGUUCAAGGUCGUUUCCCAGAGUCCUUCCAAAAUGCAUGGGACCACUACAAGAAGACCAAAGACGACUGCAUCAAUCCCAACCCGUCCAACAAAAGAGCUUACCCGGAUACGCAGCUAUGGGCAAUUGUUGAGAUGGAUGAUGCGGGAUGCGAACUGGAGAAGUUCGCUUGGUCAUCGAUUUUCCAGAUCUAUGAUAUAUUCUGGGGAGUUGCCAUGGCCCUGGCCCGGGCAGAGGAGUAUGCUAUGUUCGAACAUAGAGAUCUUCAUUUGGGAAAUGUUUGUAUACGUUCUACACGGGAAGAUGACUGCAUGGAACCCCCCACAGAACUCGAUAUUGCACGCAAACCAUCAUCCAGUGGGUUUGGACUCAGCUCCCUUGAAACCACUAUCAUCGACUACUCGCUGUCUCGGGCAGACCUACUCUUAACCGAUGAUCCAACCGGUCUCACUGAGGUUGCGUCGUCAGACCUUGACAAGAAGCAAUUGUUCGAUGCUAUAGGCCAAGACGAAGACGAAAUCAUGCAAAGAAACACCUACCGAUAUAUGCGCGCAACACUCUAUACCGGUUGCCCCAUAGAAACAGAAAAGGUGGCGGACAUUCCUGGCAUCUGGGCAGAGUACUCCCCUCGUACCAACUUAAUCUGGCUACUUUUCCUGCUUCAGAGUCUUUUCAAGAACCGCAAACCAGAAACAUCGGCUGCACAGCCACAGCGAAAGGCCCUUGCACCUUGCUCGCCCAACAAGAUGGCUUCGAAACUGGAAGCAGGCAAAGAGAAAGACCAAAGCAUUGCUGGAUCUCUCGUUAAGGAGAGACAGACCAAGGACGUACAGGCUGGCAUCUCGCGGCUCAAGCAAACACUGGAGGGCAGGCUAAAAGCCGUUCUCGAACUUCUCGAUCUGGAGCAUGGACAUGAAGACAUGUGUUGCGCCGCGGAUUUGGUGGCCUAUGCGAUGGACUCGCAAUGGCUGGGUGAAGAAGACUUUUUCUAA